AUCUAGUUCGCCUCGAUCAUGGAGGAGACGUUUCUGGAUUUGGUGUCUCGAUGGCUAGGCUACAUCGCCUUAACCUGGAUCACGUAUCUGAUCUACCUGGCGAGCGGUGUGUCAAUUGCCGAUUGUCUUUCGGCCAUCUUCAGCCCGAAAAAAGCCGAAGCUCCGGAAAUCCAAGUGAUACCCGCCACUCCCAGCACACCCGACAAGAGCUUCAACAAGUUCGAGCUGCCGCCAAAGCAAGCCACCGUGGAAACGCCGAAGAAGAGCUCCGGAGACAAGAACACCGCUCAGGGUGCGGAGGGAUCAGUCGACUUCGUACUCGACGCGCCGAAUCGCAGGACGAGAAACUCGGAAAACACAGAUCUUUGUGCGACGGACGUCGUGACGUCAGAGUGUACAGAAAGUGCGGCUUAUUCGGCUGAGACUUCGGCGGUGCUGGCCGCAGCGGCCUCCGCGACUUCGGCGGUACUGCCAACGACUUCGGCUUCGGAUACGAGCGAUCCGACGACGAGGUUCAAUGUGACGAGGUGCUCGUUCUCGGUGGAAAAGCUGCAGACGCUGCCGAGCAUCAAGAUCCUCAAGCCAGAAGACGUGUGUCCUCCAGGGACCCUGAUCAGCGGCGGAUUACCAGAGUCUGAACUCUAAUACCGGCGAUGGGACGUCAACAACGACAACAGCAGCAGCAGCACAGAAUGGGCGUCGAACAGGCGGAGAUGACCUUCUGGUCAAGAUGCUAAGCGACAUCGACCAGGUCGACGUUUACUCCGAUCUAAAGAGACCCCGGCCCAGCAUCGACGAGAGCUUAGUGGCGUCGACAGACUCGGUAUUGCUCUCCAGCACCGACCAACGAGAGCUCUUGCUCGACGAACAGAAGCAGAAGAAUUCACCGGCGCGUAAGCACAAAAAGCAUAAAAACCAAUCACUGGCAUCGGAAAAGUUGGUCCGAUUCGCGCUGCCCAAUGGCCCGGCUCCCUGUUCUGGAAACAGCUGCUCUGAAGACGACGAUGAAGUCCGAGAGAGUCCGGAUUCAGACGACGAAGACUCCGCGGGAUCGCCGUCAGUUUUACGAAAGACGUCGUCGCGCGUAACAGACUCUUCGACGCAGCAUCCACAUUCGGCUUCCCCGUUGCUUGAAUCGCUGCUCAAGGAUCUGAGCGACGAAGCCCUCGACGAGUCAACGGCUCACAUCGAUACCAACAACGUUCUCGACGCCCUGUUGUUCCAAACCAGACGGCGGCGAAGUCUACCGACGGUGCAGUCGCCCGGCGGGGAUUACGAGAUGGUCUAUCGGGAAAAACUCGAACGCCAAUCUCUAGGCGAUUCGAUUUUAAUUGAUGACACGGGAUCGAUGACGCCCAUGAAGUUCAAGGCAACUCUGAACGAGGAAGAUUUCACCGACUUGUUGCCACCCCUUAGCCCGGACUGCGGUUAUGACUCGCUCUCAGAAAUGGUUUCUAGUCCCGAUGAAUAUGAUUGCUACGGAUCGGCGCCGCAAUUGAGCGUCAUUGUUGAAGAUCCUCUCGAAGAGGAAAAAUUCAUCUCGAAGAAGCAAACCCUAAUACAAAACGGCGACGCAACGGCGCAGCCACUCGUAGCAGAGGGGAAUGUCCUCCAAACGGUGAAAGCCCCGCACGAUGUUGUCGAUGGGAAAACUUCAAACGCCAAACAUUUCCUGGCCUCUGCGGAGGAGCUCGACAAUUUCACCACGGUCAGAUUGUAAUUCUUAGCUCUUUAUCGUAGAAUUCUUAGUGAUACGUUUAAAGUCGAUGGAUAACUCGUGAGGAUUACGAACGAAUCGAGUUUCAAAUGCGUCGGCUUCAGGCGGGCUUCCGUCUGGCUGGUCGAUUUUAAGAAAAAAAUCUCUUGCCCAGGUGGCCAGGGGAAAAGAGUCCGAAAGUGCGUCCGAAGAUACAUGACGUGGAAUAAAGAAGAGU